UAGACUGCAGGGAUCUCCAAGAAAAAAUAAAUCCGCCAUCUUCUUCCGUCCCACAACCACACCCACCAAAAAAUCAUAGCACUUUGAACUUGACUCCCCCAUUUCCAUUUGUUUUUCCUUGAUUUUUCUUACUUUACUGUUAUACCCAACUCAAUCAUUAAACUCAGCAACCAUUUCCUCUGCAGAGAUUCUUGGAAAGAAGGAAGUCGUUUCUCAUAUCAGUGGGAGUCUUCUUCCUUUAUCAGGCAGACAUUAUUAGCACUCUCCUACCCUCAAGUGGAAGUCCUGAAAGUUUUUGCUUGAGGAGAUGUUGCCUAUUUUUGCUGACAUAAGAGGGAUCCUUAUUCAAGAAUGGAGACCUUGUUAAAAUUUAUGAUAGAUCAUUAAUAGAUCCUCAGUCUUACUGGACUUUCUUCCUGUGCUGAAUACCUAGAUAUGCUCAUAAUCUAUUUUCAGUUGUAUAUCUCAUCAAUUGCUCUAGCUCUUUUGGCUUGAUAAUCUCCAAGAAGGUUUUGGCAUAUUGUGCCUGUUGAUUUGGGCUGUGAAUGAAGAUUGGAUAUUUUUCUGAAACCAUGAAGCAUAGAAGUAUCAUGUCAGUAGCACCAAGUGAGUCUAGGAAUGGAGUCAGACAUUCAUUUUGCACUACUACAUCCCCUAUUCAUAAUUUUCUGGGUGUUGAAACAGAAAGAGAGACUUCGCCUUUCAUUCAAUCAGAAUCCCUUGGUUCUCCUAACCAAGUAAGAGGAUAUAUGAUCCAGCCCCAAAAGCAUUUCUUAAAGUCUGGACCAAGUAGUCCCGUCUCUCCUAGUCCUAAUGGCCAACAUCCUAGGAGCACAUUUUCACGCUCUUCUCUCUUCUGUACCAGUUUAUAUUUAUCAUCUUCAUCAAAGUCAGAAACCCAAAGGCAGCUUGGAAAUCUUCCAUUUCUCCCAAAUCCUCCCACAUACAACCAUUCAACUUCUGCUGUCGAGUCAGCAAAAUCUCCUGCAAUUUUCAGUGAGGAUCUAGGAAAUCCAUAUGAUGACGACCAGUCGGAGGCUCUUAUGAGAGACUUCCUUAAUAUACCUGGAGAUACUUCUGAUGGUAGCUUUCAUGGUAUGAACUGUGGAAAUGACAGUUUAGCACUUACAGAACAGAUGGAGUUGCAAUUUUUAUCUGAAGAGCUUGACAUUGCUAUCACUGACCAUGGAGAAACUCCAAGGAUUGAUGAAAUAUAUGAAAUUCCUCAAGCUUCGCCAAAGUCAGCAUUAGGUUUUACAUGCAGUCAAAGUUUUGCCUCUGUUGUACCAGCUGCUGAUGCUGUUUCAACUCAGCCCUCUUCUGGGUCAGCUACUGUGCACAAGCCAAGAAUGAGGUGGACACCUGAACUCCAUGAGCGUUUUGUAGAGGCAGUCAACAAGCUUGAUGGACCUGAAAAGGCUACUCCAAAAGGUGUUUUGAAGCUUAUGAAUGUUGAAGGUUUGACUAUUUAUCAUGUGAAAAGCCACCUACAGAAAUACCGGUUGGCCAAGUAUAUGCCAGAGAAAAAAGAAGAGAAGAAGCCUUCUAGCUCGGAAGAGAAAAAAGCAGCUUCAAGCAGCACCGAGAGUGAUGGGAGAAAAAAAGGGGGCAUUCAAAUUACUGAGGCUCUCAGGAUGCAGGUGGAAGUUCAGAAGCAGUUGCACGAACAACUUGAGAUACAACGAGCUCUUCAGUUACGUAUAGAGGAACACGCAAGAUACUUGCAGAAGAUCUUGGAGGAACAACAGAAAGCAGGCGGUACCUUAAUUCCUUCCCAAGGUUUUAGCUUCAUGAGUAAUUCACAUCAAAAUUCCGAAUUGCAGUCUUCUACUUCUGCUGCUGCUGCUUUGCCUUCACAACCAUCCGGGUCAUCAUCACCUUCGCCAUCCAUUUCCAAUCAUAAAGAUGAUCCUGACAAAAAUGAUUCAAAAGCUGAAAAAUCGCCAAAAAGGCCUCGCCUCGAACACGAGACAAAGAAGGCUUCUGAUGAGGCUGAAGUUGGAAGACAAGAAGCUUCCCCUUUGCAUGUUGUCUCCACUCUAUAGAGCAUGUUGUCUUGAACUCGUUUAUUUUAGCAGGAUGUCAGUUCCAUGUAUAGUAGGAAUUAUAUUUAGAAUUUGUUGAUUUGCAUUUUUCCAACAUUUUGCUUCUCACAUGAAUUGUAAUCAGUCUUUUCUUCGGGAAAUAUUCUCACAUUAAUUGAUUUUAGCAUGUGAACCCUAAUAUUGAUGUUGAAUUUUUUGGUAAGCAAUUGGUGAUC